AUGAUGCACAGUGCAGCGGCUCCACAGGACCCUUACCAGGGUGCAGGGGAAAGGGGGGAGCUGGUGCACACUGUAUCCAAGGAGACUCUGGGGUCUCCAGAAGCUUCCGAACUGGGAAGCCCCAGAUCGACACUGAACUUUGACCUCCUCAACAUGGUUGUGUCCUAUAAGAGAAUGGCGCUCUUUCUGGAGCCAGUUACAGAUGCUAUCGAGGUGGCCCGCUUUUUGCUAGGGUGGAGGAUGCCCCUUUGCUCACUGCUCAUUUGUAUACUCCUCAAUGUCUUCUUCUGCACUAUCAAUGAGGUGGGUUGGUUGUCAAUCUUUCUGGUGGCAGUCACAGUGCCUGCUGCCCUAGGCUACCUGCAGGACAGGUGCUGGGGCAGAACCACAGAAGCGGAACUCCAAAGGAAACACUUUCACACUGUUCACCGGCGAGAUUUGCAGGCGGUGCACCUCAGUAAACAGGAGGCCAUGCUGGAAGUCAAAGACCUGUUAAAGCAUCUGGAUGAAAUGCUGUACAAGGCCUGUCAAUCAGCAGAAAUACUUUAUAAGGUCCUGUACUGGGACGAUCACACCAUAUCAUCAAGAUUCUAUGUAGGAUUGUUUACAGUGGUAUGUCUUCUCUACCUCGUGCCUGUGGGCUGGGUGAUUGCUGGCUUGAACAGCACCAUCUUCCUUUGGAAUAAAGAUUUCCACAGAGUUUUAUUGGACUUGAAGAAGCUUCUACAUGUCGGCCAGACCCCCACCUUAGAGGCGGUGUGUGAAGAACAGCAGCACAGCAAUAUAGUGGACAGAACACCAACACCAACUAGUCUAGAGGACAUAUCACCUGGCAGCGUAGAGGAAGCGGAAGAAGCUGAGCCUGAUGAUGAAUUUAAAGAUGCAAUUGAGGAAAGUUCAAUUUCCCUGCAGGAAACCCCUUUGGUAUUAGUGGAGGAUGACGAUGGUCCACUUGGAGCUCCUGAGUUCGACACAAUCUCUGAAAAUGGCCUCCUGAGUCGUAAUGAACCCAUUCGCAGCAAAGUGUCCAAGCUGACAGAGAAACUGCGCAAACGAUACCCCACUACCAGCGCAGGUAACUGUGCUAACUGUAAUGCUGUCUUCUCUGUGCUGAAGAAAAGGAAGAACUGCAGUAACUGCGGCAACAGCUUUUGUUCGCGAUGCUGUUCUUUCAAAGUGCUGAGGUCUUGCAUGGGGGCCACUGCUCCAGAGGCCCAGAGAGAAACUGUGUUUGUUUGUGCUGCCUGUAAUUCCUCGCUCAUCAAGUUACAGUGA